CAUGGUUAAUAGUACGUCUUCGGUUAAUUUUAAUUAAAUUUAAGAGUGUGAACUUAAGACGCGGCUAACUAAUAAGUCAAGCAUUGACUUGGCAUAUCAGUUAGUACCAAGUUGAGCAUUUUGAGUUUGGCCUCUUAUAUAUAUACAUAAGAAUAAUUUAUACAAGCAAACACCCCUCUGCAUCCAUUUCUUAUUAUAUAUAUAUAUAUAAACUUUAACUUGCAAAAAGGUUCUUCUCUGUUCUGUUCUGCAUUUUCAAUCGUUUACCAAGACUUUGGUACUUCGAAACAGGUGAAGUGUGUUGUUGUUUCUUCCAAGUGACAGUCAUCGUUUGCAACAAACACAAAGAAGUAAUUAAAAUGGAGGAAAAUAGGGAAUCAAUUCAAGCAGUCAUUAUAAACGUAGAUGAAAACCAGUCAUAUUCUCCCCUGAAUUCUCUACGAUCAGAGCUAGACAGGCCUCCUCUCUUAUUUAAAGACCGCUGUAUCUACAGAGUUCCCAAGCGAUUAAGGGAUGGCAAUGAUAAGGCUUACACACCACAAGUUGUUUCCAUAGGCCCAUUUCACCAUGGCAACCAAAAUGUGAAACCAAUGGAAGACCAUAAGAAGAGGUACCUACGUAAUUAUCUUCUACGCACUGGUAAAGAAUUGGAGUAUUACGUAAAUAUCAUAAAAGAGAAAGAAUAUGAACUGCGGAGUUGUUAUGCAGAAACUAUACCAUUUUCAAGUGAUGAAUUUGUAAAGAUUGUUCUUCUCGAUGCUGUCUUCAUCAUUGAGAUAUUGUUGGUUUUUAAGUAUCGAACGGGAAUAGACCUUGUUCACGACCACAUCUUUAAUCGGCCAUGGAUGGUGUAUGACAUCAGAAGUGAUUUGUUGUUGCUUGAGAAUCAGCUGCCAUUUUUCAUCUUUGAGCACCUUUUCAACCCAGUACCAAAUGAUUUAUGUCAUGAUGAACCUAUUUCAACCGCUAAGCUUGCCCAUUCUUUCUUCGAGGAUAUGCCAUUAGUAUCCAUUAAUCGGGAGGGACACUCUAAUAGUCAUAGUUCACAACAUUUUGUAGAUUUAUUCAGAAUGUGUGUCCUCCCGCUAGAGCAAAGUUCCAAAAUGGAAACUACUUCAAACCUCCCAAGUGCACCAAAUCCACAUGACGGGCCUGAAGAUAUGACGUGCCUGAACCGAAUACUUGGACUGUACAUUUUGUCGAUCUCUAAUGACGGGCCUGAACCGAAUACUUACAGAACAGUACAUUUUGUCGAUCUCUUUAGAAAAUUCUUUGCCUUCCUGGUGAAGCAAAAACCCGAAAUGGGAAAUACUCCAAACCUCCCAAGUGCAAAAAAACUACAUCAAGCUGGAGUAAAGUUCAAGGCGAAAGCAGGAGAAAAUUUGCUUGACAUCCAAUUCACAUUCUCUCAAGGCAUUUUAGAAAUUCCAAUAUUACAAGUAGAUGACAGCACAGAAACCCUACUACGAAACUUAGUUGCUUUUGAACAAUGCCAUUACAAUUAUCAUCCUUACAUAUGCAUGAUCACCCAUUAUGUGGUGCUUUUGGACUACCUUGUUAAUACAGCUGAGGAUGUGGAUUUACUUGUCAAGUAUGGGAUUAUUAAUAAUCUAUUAGGGGACAACAGCCAGGUGGCUACUAUGAUAAACAAGCUCGGUGAUGGGGUUUUCUAUGAGAACAAUGAAAAUUACCAUUUUGCUGAAAUAUUAGGUAAACUUCACAAGUACUGCGAAACCCCCUGGCACAAAUGGAAUGCAAACUUAAGACAAAACUAUUUCCACUCACCUUGGGCAGGUCUUUCUGUGGUUGCAGCUGUUUUUCUCAUCAUUCUUACCUUCAUACAAACAGUUUGUUCUGUUAUCUCCGUUAUUAAAGACUGAUAUCCUCUCUUCUCAUAAGUUCGUUUCUAGAGUUGUAAUCGUUUAUGAUAAUUGUUUAUUUAUUUGUGUGAUGAGACUAUAUACUACAUUAAGGAUUGUCUGAUAUUUGAAGUGUGCCAUAUUAUAAAUUGUUUGUGUGAAUCACAUUAUUAUUAUUGAGUUCAAACAGCUAUAUAUAUUAUAUUUAUUUGUGUA